AACUGUAGAGCAUCAGUUUUCGGGACCACAAGUAGAAGUAUCACAACAAUAUUUCAGAGAUGAAAUUCGCAUUGGUAUUGUUCGCCCUCGUGGCUGCGUCCUCCGCCAAGAUCCAGCUUCCCAAUUUCGGCAUAGGUCAGCUCCGCUAUGACAUCCAAGACUUUUUAGAUGUUUUACCUCAGGAAGAAAUAUUCGCUAUCACUCUUCAAUAUUUUUCUGAAGAUGCUGAGUUUAAAGCUAUGGUCGAAUAUUUCCAAUCUGAAGGAUUUAAAGGGCUAGUAGUAGAUGUCGAGGCUUUGCCUGAGAUUAAGGUAAUGAUGGACUACGUCCAUAAUGCCGGCAUUGACAUUUACAAGAUCGUGAACCUGCUGAACGAAUUACUUGGACUCGAGCUUCUCCCGACUCCGCUUCCGCCCAAUCCUGCUAUGGCUACUAAACAGAUCAAAGGUGGAAUUCGUGGAUACGUUGAUGACAUUAUGGCUAUUUUACCCAAAGAGCUGCUUAAUACUAUGUAUGAAGAGAAGCUGAAAAACUCAGAAGAAUUCGCUAAUUUCAUCAAGCAAUUGGAGUCCGAAAAUUUCCAAGAAAUUGUCAAUCAAGUUUACCUUCAUCCCAAAACACAAGAGCUCUUGGAGCAUGCAAGUAAUGCCGGCAUUGAUCUUCUACUCAUCAAGGAUUUACUGAAGAUUCUCUGGGGUAUUAGCAUUCCCGACCGUCCUCAUGCUCGUCCUUUUUACAUCAAACACUAGAUGCCAAUGCAGUGUAUGAAAAAUGAAUUUCUAUUACUAUAUACAUCAAUAAUAUUUUCAAAAAGAUAUUGUUAUUUCGCAGAUAUUUUGAUUUUUUUGGCCAUGUAAUUUCACGUGUACUUUACUUGUGUAAAAUAAUAUAAAAGCAGCUUUUUACAUUGUUA